GAUGGCAUGUCAUUUUGCCGCUUCUGGGUACCUUGCUCUGCCCCCUUGAAAAGUCUUAGCCACACCCAUGUGCUCAACUGGUACCCCUGAGUCCCAUGGCAUCAUAAUUGAACACACCGGCAUCGAAACAUCAUUUAAUCUUUUCAUAUGCCCGCAGGAUUAAAGGUUAAAUGAAAGCCAAAAGCUAGAAAUAAAUAACCCGAGGAAUCCUUGGGUGUGCUCUCCAAAUCGCGACCUGAAUGCGCCCUUGGAAACCGCCACUCGCAUGUGAACAGCGGCCUCUGUUGUCGACUUUCUAAUCCAGUGACGUGGAAGAUUAAUAUCGAUCUGAGCAACAACAUGGCUUCAUUCACGAUCGAAACGGCUAGCGACCACCAUGGCCGACACUGAUACCGGUCCGUCCGAACGGGAGAAAACAAGCAACAUGGCAGCCGCACAGAGUAUUUACCAGUUCGGCCUGCAGAUCUUCCUGUUAUGUGUGAUGUGGUACACCAGCAGCUUGAUGCAGAAUGUCAUCAACAAACACUUGUUCGGCCAGUUCCCCUACCCGACUACCGUGUCGAUGUGCCACAUGUCCGCCGUCGCGGUGCUGCUGCCGCCCGUGCUCAGACUCUGGCAAGUGCCGCUUCCGGACAUCGUGUACGACCGGGGUUUCUACCAACUCGUCAUCCCACUCGCCUUCGGCAAAUUCUUCUCUUCCGUCUCGGCUGAAAUAAGUAUUUUGAAAGUGUCAGUCUCUUUUGCUCACACAGUGAAAGCCACCAUGCCCAUCUUCACAGUAUUUCUAUCAAGACUUAUAUUAAAAGAAAAGCAGACAGCUAUGAUAUACUUAUCUCUCAUCCCAAUCAUAUUUGGAGUGAUGGUCGCGACGUUAACGGAAGCUUCGUUUGAUAUGCUAGGACUCAUCAUGGCCGUUGUCGCAACUGUCACAUUUGCCCUUCAGAACGUUUAUUCUAAAAAGGCGCUCAGGGACAUUGGAAUUCACCAUCUUCGCCUGCUGCUCAUCAUCAGCCAGCUUGCUACUGUCAUGCUGCUUCCCAUAUGGACAGUGGUUGAUCUCAGGAGAAUACUUGGCGACAGGAGCUUGCUUCAAAACAUCAACUGGGCCUGGACACUAUCCCUCCUCCUCGCUAGCGGCCUGUUCAACUUUCUGCAGAACAUCUUCGCCUUCAGCGUCCUGCACCUCAUCACCCCCCUCAGCUACUCCAUCGCUAACGCCUCCAAGCGAAUCUUCGUCAUCAUGUUGUCACUGCUCAUGCUCCGCAACCCGGUGACCCUCGUCAACAUCAUGGGCAUGAUGACGGCCAUCUUUGGCGUGCUGUGCUACAACCUGGCGAAGUACCGUGCCAACUUGGCCAAACACCGGCCGUUCCUGCCCAUGGUCCAGUCGGACUUGCUGGACGGCCGAAUCAUCGGCAGGUCGGACGUGCCCAACGGCCGGCCGCACUUCAACGUAUGACUCUGACCGGAAGGACCCUGGGUGCAAUGCAAGUGACAGACUUGCGUAAGCUCCUGCAUGUACAGGCACAACAGAGAAAAGUAAUAUAUUUAUAUGAAAAGCGUACUCUAUUUCCGUGGAGGGGAUCCCCGUAAUCACAAUGAUGUUGUCCAUGUUGAGUAAUUAACUUCACGCCCCACAAAAUUUUAAGAAUGUUCUUAAUUAAAAAUUCGAAACCAAACUGACAAUGGUUUUGGAUGUCAUCUGGAUAUCUUCCACUCCAUAAACAACCCAUUGAACUCUCAAAAUUCAAUGAAUUCCCAAGCAGCUUUUGACUUGUUUUCACACCACACGUGAUCCUUAAUCAUUUGUUUGUUUCAUUCCUACUAAGUGUGGCAAUAAGUGAUGCAAAUUAGCUUGCUGAUGACAGAUUAAAGGCUACUCCUUUUUUGUUU